AUAUAAUCACUACCAAUAAAGCCUACUGUUACCUUCCAUUAAUUGGCAUAAAAACAUCUCUUCAUCAUUUCCCCCUGCUAACCUUUUCCCAUCCCUAGCCCUCUGCCCCAUCUUAAUGGUAUGGUUCAUGGGCUUUAAGACUUCAGCCAUGGAGUCUACAGAAUAUUAGCACAGCUUUUGCAGCCCCAUUUUUCCCCAGUAAUGCUUUUUACCUCUUCAUGGCUCAUUCCCUUCUGAUUUAAGAGGUAAAGCUUGUAUCUUUAGUUAUUGUUUGGACUUCUGAGCUUUUCGCUUUAAAGAAUUUCCAAAAAAGACUCAUUUUGGAUUUUAUGCUAUAUUUUGCAUCAAUCUUGAUAGGAAAGAAGAAGGAUUGAGAUUUAGUAAAGGAAAGAAAGCAGCAGAAGCUCCAGAAAAGGUUUCAUGGCGGCAGGGACUACAGAUAUGUCUUCUUCUCCGACCCGGAACCCGGCAAAGCCCAUUUCAUCAUUCUUGGGUUCUCCGACCCGAAUCCUGAACGGAUUUCUGGGUCGGACAACUUCCCAAUUGGAUCACAGCAUGAGCAUGAGCCCCACCUCAACCCUUGACGCCAAACAAUUCCUCAAUCUUGGUCACCAUCUCGGGUACGAGAAAAGCCCAAACCUGACCCAAAAAUCUAGCCCGACCCGAAACCCAAACCCAAACCCAGUUUGCACCGAAAAGAGACCCGACUCGUUAGGAGUGAGCCUCGCUCUCAUUGAGGACUCGCGCCGAGAUAAGGUCCUGUUUGGGUCAAAACUUAAGAUUCAAAUCCCCACUCUGGUUUCUCCGGUGGAGUCGCCGGUGGGGUCUCCGGGGGAUUUCGGAAUCAAGACUCCCCGGAAUCUGCCGCCAUUGUUGAGCUCUGUCGUUCAGGCCGGAGAAUGCCCUUCUUCUCCCGAGGGGCUAUCACUGAGUGAAAUGGAACUGUCAGAGGAUUACACGUGUGUGAUUACCCAUGGACCCAAUCCAAAAACAACUCACAUCUUUGGCAAUUGCGUUGUUGAAGAAAGCUGCUGCGAAGUGAUGAAGGCGAACUGUUCUUCGCUAUCGAGUUGCCAGAACUGUAGCAUCAUCAGUCAUGAAGAUGAGCACGGUAUCUACAGCGGCCAGUCCUCAGCAUAGAAACUGGAUUGAUGAAAUGAAGACAAAGAGGAUGAUGGCAUUGGAGAGGAAUCAGAGUUUCUGAUACAAUAAUAUCAAUAGUGUGCCAUUUGUUGAUAUAAUAUUAUGAACAAAAGGAAUGUACUAUCUUUAAAGGUGGGGUUCUCUUUCAGCUUUUCUAGCUAAGACUGGACUUUGAGUCAUAAUCAUCAUCGUCGUUGUUGUUAUUAUUAUUAUUAUUUAUUUUUGUAUCCUUGAGUGGUCUUACUAAAUCCUGGAGGACGAACACUUCCAGUCCUUCCGAAGUGUAUCAAACUGAAUCGCGAGAUUGGUAUGAUCAGCUGAGAGAUGACAUGAAGUUGAUCAACAAAUCUGCGGCAUGGUAGAUGAGGCCUGCAAUUUUUUUUUUUGACUUUCAACCUCCCAUGUACUUCGUAUGUGUAUUGGUAAUGGAUAAAGGAGAGGAGGUGUAGAUAUCAAAUUGUUUAAUAAAACUAAACAAUUUAGCGUUUUGCUUCAUUGUGUGGCUUAUAUUUUAGUACUCUCUCCACACCGGGCACACCCUAUGUUCC